AUGAGUGUGCCAGAUGCUGCUGGCAAAGAUGGGGAUGCCGCAGGCCCCGAGACUCCUGAUGUGAACAACACGCUAUGCUGGCGGCUGCUCACGAUUUCCUUGUUGAGGCUCAACGCCGCAUCGCGUCACAUCUCGUCUAUUUUCCGACGCCGCCGCCGACCACAUGUCGGCCAUGUGUAUCCCCUCACGCGUCACAUGCUCGUCAAGACUGGGAGCGACGUCCGGCUGGCCGAAGCGGCGACGAUGAAAUUCAUCGCCGAGAACACCAACAUACCCGUACCCAAAGUCCUCAGCGCGUUUAUGCGCAAGGGAGUAGCUUACAUCGUCAUGGAAAGGAUCCAGGGCCAAGAAAUGGCCAAACUCUGGCACCGCCUAUCCGAUCAGACCAGGGCGAGCCUGCUGGACCAAUUGCGACAGAUAGUGGACGAACUUCGGGCACUCCAGCCACCAACCAAAUUCGCUGUUGGGAGCUGCAUCGGUGGGUCGCUGCAAGACUUCCGACAGAGUCGUGCGCCGCCUCCGGUGCGAUUUGGGCCCUUCAGGACCAUUCAGGAUUUCCACAGCUGGCUCAGGGACGGCCUGAAGAAGGGACAAGCUGAGAACAUGGAGCAGGCGGAUCUGGAGGAUAUGAACGAGAUGAUUACGAGGCAGGAGGGUCCUUGGCCUCCGCCCGUAUUCACGCACGGAGACUUGAAUCCUUCGAACAUCCUCGUCCGCGACGGCAAGAUAGUCGGCAUCAUUGACUGGGAGAUGGCAGGAUGGUAUCCUCACUAUUGGGAAUAUACGUCACUCAAGAUCGCGAGCGACUCUGUCAACCCAGCCUGGGAUGAUAAUGUUGAAAAGUUCCUCAGCCCCUUACCGGACGAGUUGAAGAUGGAGAAAGUACGGUUCCGUUGGUGGGGAAACAUCUGCUGA